AGGAGCAUCUUCGUCCUCUGACGUCAUGACAGCAGCAUCAGCUGUUAGCUCUGCUCUAAGCCUUUUCGCUGCCGAUCGCUUCCUGCUCAAAGGAAAUAUAUGAGAUCCCCUCCAACCCCUGAAAUGGCGACACAGGAGGUACCGCUGAACGAGACUCUGGCUCACCUCAAAACGGAGUCAGAGACGCUGAAGUCGAAGCUGGAGGAGGAAAGAGCGAAGCUGCACGAUGUCGAGCUACAUCAGGUGGCAGAGAAGGUGGAGGGGCUGGGCCAGUUUGUCAUGAAGACCCGGAGGACCCUGAAGGGGCACGGGAAUAAAGUUCUGUGCAUGGAUUGGUGCAAGGACAAAAGGAGGAUCGUCAGCUCCUCGCAGGAUGGAAAAGUUAUUGUGUGGGACGCUUUCACCACCAACAAGGAGCAUGCUGUGACAAUGCCUUGCACCUGGGUGAUGGCUUGUGCCUAUGCCCCCUCUGGCUGCGCUGUAGCUUGUGGAGGCCUGGACAAUAAAUGCUCAGUUUAUCCUCUGUCUCUGGACAAGAAUGAGAACUUGGCUGCAAAGAAGAAGUCAGUGGCCAUGCACACAAACUACCUGUCUGCUUGUAGCUUCACCAACUCGGAUAUGCAGAUCCUGACGUCCAGCGGGGAUGGAACAUGUGCAUUAUGGGAUGUUGAGAGUGGGCAGCUGUUACAGAGUUUCCAUGGACAUGCUGCAGACGUGUUGUGUCUGGAUCUGGCCCCAUCUGAAACCGGAAACACGUUUGUUUCAGGGGGCUGUGAUAAGAAGGCCAAUGUCUGGGAUAUGCGUUCAGGGCAGUGUAUUCAGUCCUUUGAAACUCACGAGUCAGACAUAAAUAGUGUACGAUACUAUCCCAGCGGAGACGCUUUUGCAUCUGGAUCAGAUGACGCUACAUGCCGCCUGUAUGACCUAAGGGCAGACAGGGAAGUGGCUAUCUAUUCCAAAGACAGCAUCAUAUUUGGCGUCUCCAGUGUUGAUUUCUCGCUCAGUGGCCGGCUACUGUUUGGUGGCUACAACGACUACACCAUUAAUGUUUGGGAUGUUCUCAAAGGAACACGGGUCUCUAUUCUGUUUGGACACGAGAACCGUGUCAGCACCCUGCGGGUUUCCCCUGAUGGGACAGCCUUCUGCACAGGUUCCUGGGACCACACUCUUCGGAUCUGGGCCUAAGCAUCAAGACACAAAGGAUUAAAUGGUAGACAGACCUACUGAAGACACACUGAUGUUUCUGUUUGCUAGAGUACAAUCACAGAGAUAGAGACUCAGUUUUGAUUGUACAUAGGGCACAUCAAUAGCAUUGUAUAUACUCCAGUGUUUUGGCCAGGGUAGAUUUACAUAUUUUAAAGAGUAAGUAAACCAAAUGGCUAGCUUGCAUUACAAUGUGAUGGGAAGAAAAGGCGCACAGAAGUUCUUAUGAUUACAACUAUGAAGUUGAAAACAAGUAUAUUACUGAAAAUAUUAUUGGUAGUGGCUUGCAUCAGUCUAGGAUAGAAGUGACACAAUAAUGUGAUGUGUUAAUUAGCCCACAUGGAGGAUAAUACAUGUUUACUUAUUGUUAUUAUUUUUUAUUAAACAAAUGAAGACAUUCAUUCAGAGGAGACAUCAAAGAGCAGGGGGGCUUUUCUGUGAAUGGCAAAAGUUAUGAGAAGUAAUAAUGAGAUUUAUGGAGAAAGGUACAAAUUAAUAUUUUAUUUUGGAAGUUGUAUUAAAUGUACAUCUAACAAACAACCUGUGCACCCAACAGCUGCUUCUCACUUGCCAAUAUAAUACUGUAUCAAUAUCAAUGCAAAGAAAGCACAUUAAAAGGUAAACAUGAGAUGAAUGA